AUGGGUGUUCCAGGCUUCUAUCGUUGGGCUGUGAAGAGGGUGCCAUACCUUCGUGCCAAAAGUUGUGGCUUACCAUAUGAAUUUGACAAUCUGUACUUGGACUUCAAUGGAGUCGUGCACACUUGUGUGAAUGACUGGAGUCUCCAAGAGCAAGAAGAGUUCCUUUUCCGUCUCAUUGAGGCUCAAUUGGCAGUCUUGCUGUCCAUUGUCAACCCCAAGGUGCUUCUCUACAUUGCCCUUGAUGGUGUUGCCCCUCGGGCCAAGAUGAAUCAGCAGAGGUCAAGGCGCUUCCGCAAAGCUCAAGAGACCGAUGCUGAAGAUGGACUGACGGAAGCGGUCGAGCUCUUUGAUCGGAAUGCUAUCACUCCAGGGACCCCUUUCAUGCUGCGGUUGUCUGAGCGGCUUCGCAGUUGGGCGGAAGCACAGGCGGCAAACCCCGACUUGAAGGGCGUGACGAUUGUCAUAUCUUGUGAUCGCGAUCCAGGCGAAGGCGAGCAUAAGAUCAUGAAUGUGAUCCGUUCGCAUCCGGAGCACACUCACUGCCUUUGCAGCAAUGACGCAGACUUGGUCUUAUUGGGGUUGGUUUGCCGAUCUGAGCAUGUAUACUUGCUUCGCACGAAGCCAAACUAUGAAAAGAGGGUUCGCCCGGACUCCGCUGCACAGGAUUCCGACCAAAGAGAAUUGCUCUUGGAGGGUGGCUCGCAGCCAGCAGUUGAGGACUACGAGAUGCUCAGCAUUGUGGCCUUACGUGCUUGGCUAUGCAGCCAGUUCCCAGAUUGCAUACCGCAUCGCUUAUUGGCAGACUUCGUGGCCAUGUGCUGCUUGGUGGGCAAUGAUUUCUUGCCUCAUAUGGCUGCCUUGGAUAUCUAUGAUGGAGGCUUGGACAAGCUCUUGGCCGCGUACUACCAGCUGCGUCCUGCACAACAUGGGUAUUUGACUCGAGAGGACUUGACUCUUGAGCUCCCCCGGUGGUCUGGCCUUUUGGAGCAGGUUGCCCAGGAUGAAUGCGAACUCCUUUUAGACAUGGUACAUCUUGGCUUGGGGCCAAAGCAGCUUCAUUACCGCGGGCCUGGCCCUCCACCUGCGGAUUGGGAUGGCCUGUCUGUGGUGGUCUGGUAUGUUCCACGAAAGACCACAGAGGAGCAGCUGAUGGCAGCGAUGUCAAAGCAAGGUUGUCAAGUUCGAAGUGUUCAUCGACUGAAAGAAUACAAAGGAAGUUCUUGGUUGGUCCAUUUCAGCGAUGCCCAGUCAGCUGUGAAUACGAUUGUUUCAACUCGCCGCAUAGAAGGCCGACGUUUGGAGGUGGCAUGGGCUAAGCCCAGCUCUUUGCAGUUGGAAGAGCUGCCUGAGCCUUCAACUGAUCCCUUUCAGGUGGCUGAGUGGCGUUCGGUACUUCACACCGUAGUGCGCGAGAGCUUUGAAUACUGGCUUGGUCCUGAAAAUCUACCCAACGAUGCCUUUCUUCGAAGACAUGUGCGAAAGCGUCGAGAUCGCUUCGUGCCCCUGCGUGUCUUUGCCGCCUUUCGGCGCCUGAAGAUUUGGAUGCAAGACCUGACGCAAUUGGCAGAUGUGUUGCGAUCUUCUGAGAUCUUGGAGGUCAUGGGUGAAGGCCGUGAGGCCAUGGUCCGGGCGAAGGAGGACCACAGCCGAAAGCCUGAGGAGAGCAAAGAACAGGUCCAGAGGCAGAACGAUUGCUUGGAGCUGCUGGAAGCUGGCCGUAGUGUUGAGGCUGUCCAGAAACUCCUUCCAGAGUAUAAUGCACGCUAUUCAGGGCCAGUGGCGACUGGUUCACCUCCCGCAGAAGAUGCAGCUGCAGUGCAGCAGCACAGAAGCAUGGCAUUCCUGUCGGGCAUCGAAUGGGUUUUGCAUUAUUAUGUGGAAGGCUGCUCUUCCUGGUCAUGGUUUUAUCCAGCACAUUACCCGCCUUUGUGUGCGGGUCUGGCUAGUGUGACAGGAGCAAUUCUGCGGCCGCCGCUUGAUGCGCCAGUGGCUCCGGAACUGCAGCUCUUAGCCGUCCUGCCAGCGCAGUCGGCGCCGCUGCUGCCGGCAGCUUUGCGUCCUUUGGUUGAGGAUCCUGCAUCACCAAUCGCUGACUUCUAUCCACGAGAGUUUGAGGUUGACUUGAAAGAGGGUGACAAGGAGUGGCAGGCUACAGUUUUGCUGCCGUUUGUUGAUGAGACACGUCUCCAAAACGCCUUGGCAAGUGUCCUCAGGGAGGGUGAUCUCUCAUCCUUCCGACCUGCACGAGGCAGUCGAUUCGAGGCAGGUGGUGUCCGCUCCUGGGAUUUCAUGGCGGAAGAGGAAUUGCCACCAAGUCGAGCAAGCCGGGACGAGUUUGGAGUCCCAUCGCAGUUUUCAGAGGCGGCAGCAGCUAUACUGCUUGCUGCCACUGAAAACAUUGAGAGGGGUGGCAAAGGAGCCAAAGGAAAAGGCCGCAAGGGCAGGCGUGACCGCAUUGGCGAUGGAAGUCUGCCUGAAGAGGCCAGUGCUCCCUCGCCCCAGGAUGAGGAACUGAAAAGCAGUGAUCGUCGAGAUUGCCAGUGCGGCAUUCUUUGA